UUUCAUCCCCGGCUCCUCCCGCUCCACCCCGGACCCCUUCCUCCAUCCCGGACCUCCCCACCUCCAUCCCCGCUUCCCCUUCUCCAUCCCCUGCCCAUCCCGGGGCUCUCCUCUCCCCGCCGGGGCUCCCCCCCCGGUCCCCCAGCAUGGCUUUGGCGGCGGGGCCGUGGCCGGAGCCUCCUCUUCCUCCCGCUCCCCCCGCUCCUCCUCCUGCCCCCGGCGGCGGCGCGGGGCGGGCGGCGGGGCCGUGCCGGGUGUGCGGGGACCGGGCGAGCGGGAAGCACUACGGGCAGGUGACCUGCGAGGGCUGCAAGAGCUUCUUCAAGCGCUCGGUGCGGCGCAACCUCGCCUACAGCUGCCGGGGGGGCCGGGACUGCCCCGUGGACCAGCCCCACCGCAACCAGUGCCAGUACUGCCGGCUCCGCAAGUGCCUCCGCGUGGGGAUGCGGAGGGAAGCGGUGCAGCGGGGCCGCACGGCUCAAGGUCCCCCCAGCCCCGGGCAGUGCCCUGCGGUCCCCGGGGACCCCUACGGUGGCCGCGGCUGCUUGAGCGGCUUCAUCUCGGUGCUGCUCCGCGCCGAGCCGUACCCGCCGGCUCGCUACGGAGCCCAAGCCCUGCACCCCGGCGUCGUGGUGGGCAUCGAGAGCAUCUGCGAGCUGGCGGCGCGGCUCCUGUUCAGCGCCGUGGAGUGGGCCAAGGGCAUCGUCCCCUUCUUCCCGGAGCUGCCGCUCUCGGACCAAGUGGCGCUGCUGCGGCUGGGCUGGAGCGAGCUCUUCGUGCUGAACGCGGCGCAGGCGGCGCUGCCCGUGCACGCCGCGCCCGUGCUGGCGGCCGCCGGGCUCCGGGGCGCUCCCGUGGGCCCCUUCAUGGACCACGUCCGGCUCUUCCAGGAGCAGGUGGAGAAGCUGAGGGUGCUGCAGGCGGAUGCCGCCGAGUUCGCCUGCCUCAAGGCUGUGGCCCUCUUCAGCCCUGACGCUGCAGGGCUGUCGCAGCCGGGGCGCGUGGCCGGGCUGCAGGAGCAGGCUCAGGUCGCGCUGCAGGAGCACGUGCGGCAGCAGCACCCGGCCCAGCCCGGCCGCUUCGGGCGCCUGCUCCUGCGCCUGCCCGCGCUGCGCAGCGUCCCCGCGCCCGGCAUCCAGCGGCUCUUCUUCAGCCGCCUGGUUGGGGAGACCCCCAUCGAGACCCUCAUCCGCGACAUGCUGCUGGCCCCAUGGAGCCACGCAGUGAUCCCAGCACUGCCGUGGGGUGGGGAACCCAAAGAUGGGGCCAUCAAAGAUGGGGACACCAAGUAUGGAACCUCAAGGAUGGGAUCCUAA